UUGAAUGAAUCAUAUGUGUUCUUACACUGCAUCUGUAAGAUCUAUUUUUUCGUUUUUGGUUCUAUUGGGUCUAAAUUUCUUUCUAUUUCUAAAUUUCUAUCUAUUUGCCCCUAAAAAAAGGUUUCAAUAACAACAAGAAGAUUCUAAGUCUUGAAUCCCAGAAAGCAGCCAAAUCAAUUAAGCAAGAAACAACAACAAUACACUUAAGCCAAGGAAUUAGAAAAUGUCGGGUGUAACUCUCUCUAUGGCUCCUCGAUCGGAGCCUGACAAAACCACCACUUCUGAAACAACAAAACCCCAACAAAAGCCAAUUUCUCAGCAGCAGCAACAGUCUGUGAUGGGUGGUGUAAUGGGAUCACUGCGUGUAAUAGAGCUCCAGCUCGUAGCCUUUAUCAUGGUUUUCUCAGCUAGUGGUCUUGUCCCACUUCUUGAUUUAGUCUUUCCUGCCUUUGCCUCAGCCUAUCUUCUAGUUCUCUCUCGCUUGGUCUUCCCUGCCCAUGGUAGUGUCAGCUCUGGAUCACAGGAAAUUUUCCAGGGAAGCAGAUUCUUUAGGUUCUAUGUGGUUGUGGGAACCACAAUAGGGCUUUUCUUGCCCCUGGCAUACGUUUUGGGUGGGUUUGCUAGAGGAGAUGAACAUGCAGUUCGAUCAGCAACACCUCACUUGUUCUUACUCUCUUUUCAGAUACUCACUGAGAACAUAAUUAGUGGGUUGUCUUUGUUUUCACCACCAGUGAGAGCAUUGGUUCCAUUGCUCUAUACCGUUCGGAGGGUCUUUGUAAUCGCUGAUUGGAUAAAGGACGUGUGGGUGAACAAAACACUGCCUGCAAACGCCCAACUUAAGAACAUUGCUUGGUUUUGGUUCGGGAGGAGCCUUGCAGUUGCCAAUCUAGUGUAUUUCUCAAUCAACCUGUUCGGGUUUUUGAUUCCACGAUUCCUUCCAAGGGCCUUUGAGAGGUAUUUUAGGGAAAGGGAUGAGAUUCAUGCCAAGACUGCGGAAGACAAGCGUUCUGCAGUUAUUAACAAAUCCCAGCCAACAGAUAAUAAGAAGGCAGAUUAGUGCUUUUCUUGCUUGGUCCCAUGUAGUAUGAAUAUAGUUUUGGGAAGGAACAAAACUAUAUUCUAGAAGGCAGAUUAGUGCUUUUCCACUUCCUAGUAAGGUUCAAGAAUUUCUCAGCAAUGCAAAAUCAGUAUUUAUUUUCUUAUCAAAUAACACGACAAUAUAUAUCUGUGCUACUUGUAUGUAUGAUUAUGACAGCAAGACUCGUGAUCAUUGCCAAGCUUAUUAGUGAUCCAUUCUUUUCUUGAUCAA